AGUGUUUGUUGCGUGAGUGCUUCUAUUUUUUUGUUGCUGUUGUUCAUAUUCAGUUGUUUUGUAUAGAGCGAAAGGAAAAAAAAACGCGAUUCGACGAGAAAGAAAGAAAGAAAUUGUAUGUUUGUGUGUGUGUUGUUCGAACGGUAGCGCAAAUGAACCGUAAUAUCACCGAUUUAUCUUCAGUCAAAACUGUAGUUUUUUUUUCCUCGUUUCGUUCGUUUGUUGCAUGUGAAACCUUUGGUGAAACGAACAUGGUGAAUUGUUUAAAAUUGAUUGGAAUUGGAUAUAUUGGUAGCGAAGAAGAAGAAGAAGAAGAAAAAACAAGCAACAAGGAAAACCGACAAACGUCUCUAGCGUGGAUUAGUGCAAUAAAUGCAGGGCUUCAAACGAACGAAAAAAAAAGCAAAUGCUUAGAUUAUUAUUAUUGCACACUCGUUUUUGGUCUGUGUCUCAUUUUUCCACCCGUACGUGGAUUUAAUUACGCGCUGAAUUCGACGACCUUUCUCUAGUUGGCGUCACCGUAAGCCCCCGACUUGGAUCGCCGCCAAGCUAUAUAUCCGGAUCCGUGCCGUCGCCGUUGCCGCCAACGAUAAAAAAAAUUUGUCACUCUCCAGUGAGAGAAAACAGAAAGAAAAACACACGCGGCACCGAGUUAAAACAGUCACAGAUUUAGCGUUCGUUUUUCAAUUCAGUGUCGUUUGGCAAAAAGAAGUGGAAGAAGAAGUGAAAAAAAGAGGACGAGAGAAAAAGAGUGAGAAAUAAAUGAAGAAAGAAGGAAAGGAAAAGAGUGAAACAGAGAAAGAGACAAAGAACUCGCGAGAACGAACGAGAGAGAGAGAGAGAAACAUUUUAUUGCCUUGUCUAAAAAUAGACGAUGAAUGUUUUGUGAUUUUGCGUCGUUUGUGCUGUCAAAAACAUAUGAUCUGCAAAAAAAAUUUGUCAAAGGCAAUAGAAACAUAAAACGAGACCUAAAUCAUCAACUCACACAUCAUCACAAUAUCACUAAUUCCUUCUGAAUCAGCGACAACGCAACGGGCAUGGAAACACAACUGGUGGCCGAAUUCGUUUCGAAAACUAGAGCCAGCCCAAAUGAUGCGUUGAGCUGUCUAAGAACAUGGGGCUGGGAUCUCAAGAAAGCACUCAUCGACUACAAUGACACAUCGACGAAUGAGUAUUUCAAUGGAAAAAGUGGGCUUAAAGUGCCCGUUAAUACAGUAGACUUUGCGGACCGUUCGUCAAAAACAUUAAACGCAUCACAGCCGAACACACAACAACGAAGAGGUUCUUUUGCGAAGUCCGAUUCGGUGGACAUUGUUGACUAUAAAAAACUAUACCGUGGUAUUUCACGAGCGACAGAGAACGAGAAUUUGGUAUCACGAGCACGAACCGAAGUGGCAAUGGAUUUGCAUUCGAAUUGUAUGAAUACCGUUGAUAAUGUGCAACAGUUAGAUAUGCCCGACUACACAUUCACAUUACCCGAUCUAACAAUAUACUCGGAUGAGUUUCGAACGUUUCUCGAAAAGGAUUUGAUUGAAUGUUCCACAUUAAAUUCACUGGAAACGGCGAAUCGAUUGAAUUGGUGGGCCGAUGCUGGAUUCUGUCGAAAGUUAUGGCCGUUGGCAACGACGGGCGAUGGAAACUGCCUACUGCACGCUGCAUCGUUGGCAAUGUGGGGAUUUCAUGAUCGAAAGCUGACGCUACGAGCAGCGCUGCAUCAAGUGCUAUCGUCUGGCGAAUAUAAAGAUGCCUUAUGGAGACGAUGGCGUUUUCAACAGACGCGCCUGAAUAAACAAGCCGGUUUUGUGUAUUCGGAAGUGGAAUGGGUUAAAGAGUGGGAGGAAAUCGUGUGCAUGGCAUCGCCGGAACCAAGACAAUCGAAAAGUGCUUCACGACGCCGAUCGGUGGCCAUAAAUGAAUCAAUCGAUGACAAUGCCACGUACGAAAGUCUCGAAGAAGUGCACAUCUUUGCAUUGGCGCAUGUGCUGCGUCGAACGAUCAUUGUAAUCGCCGACACUGUGCUGCGUGAUAUGAACGGUGAGGCGAUGGCACCGAUCCCAUUUGGCGGCGUGUAUUUGCCAUUCGAAAUACAGGCGAAUGAAUGCUAUCGUGCACCGUUGCUGCUGACAUAUGACAUGGCUCAUUUUUCGGCGUUAGUCUCGAUGGAGGCGUCCAGUGAACAGCCACCGCCACUGAUCCCGUUGAUCGAUUACGAAAAUGUGCUGCUGCCGAUUCAGUUUUGCAUCGAUCCGGGCGUGAAUUUCGACUGGAAAGCAUACGAUGGCAGUGAAGGCAAUUGGGCACUGACCGAUCGAGAGCACAUCGCCUUGUUGAAAGAGUAUUUAGACAUUGUGUAUGCGACGCCAUUGGGUAGCCCAGAGGAAGAAAUCUCCGUCGAUCUCGUUGACGAAGAGUAUGACAAGCGAAUUAUCGAUGGUGAGCUCGGGUUUGGCGACGAUUCCAAUCCAACCAACGGUAAAAGCAAGGCAGCUAAACAGUUACAAAGUGUAGCAAAGCAAUUUGGCAGCAUCGGCAAAACGAUGAGCAAAAAAAUCAAGAAGAAUAUCGGUUCGAUUGCGAAAAUUGGCGGCAACAGUAAUGGCAGCAAUGGAGCCAACGGCAAAAAUGGCAAAGUUAAAAAUGGCCUGCCAUCCGGUUCGUCCACACAAAGUUUUACACGGGAACGUGUGCUUUGUGCACAGUUGAAAGCCAAGCGACACGAUUAUCAGGAUGAAAUGAUCAAGAAUUACUUGGAAUGUGCUCAAGAUCGUUUCAUGGAAACGGAAAAGGCGAAAGAGCUGCGCGAGAUUGAACAACAACAAUUGGAUAUGUUGAAAAUGAAAGCCGAUUCUCCGGUUGAACCCGAACGUGAAACAAGCUGCAUCAAUGCUGGCUGUGCCAAUUAUGGCACAUCAGCCACGAGUUACAUGUGCCUCACAUGCUUUGAGAAGCAAAAAGAACGAGAGCUGAACAAUUCCAAUGGGUUACACGAUGGUCCACGGUAUGGAACGGGAAAUUCCAAAUUCUACGCGCAUGCCGAUGAAAAGAGUCACAAGUCAAUUAAACGAUUGCCAUCAUUUCGACGGCUCAACGAACAAGACCAAACACUCUAUCUAUCGAAUUCAACAUUUUACAAUGAUGUACGGCCCAAUGAAACACCAUCGAAUGGCUAUCGACAUGGCUACACGGAAACAACCGGCAAAACCGUUAUUAUUCCCAUUCGCAUGGAAACCGAUGCCACGGAUUGUGUUGAUUCAGGCGUAGCCAGAGCUUAUUCGGCUGGUAACACACUGACACAAACCACGGCCAGUGGCUACAGUGCAGCGAAUCCACCGCCAUACAAUAUUCUUGGCAUUGGCGAACCACCUGUCGCUACGAAUGGUCCGUACACAAGCACCAUCAACAUCAACACCGAUUCCACGGGCCGAGUAGUACCGAACGAGAUUGUGAAGAAGAAUAAUGGCAUCAUCUCAUCGUAUUUGGAACACAUGGAUGAACCAAAAUCAUCUAGUCGCAUCGCAACUCCAUUUCUACAAACACAGGCCAAACACUGUCGAACGGCCGACUGCAAAUUUUUUGGCAGCGCCAACACCAACUACUAUUGCUCCAAAUGCUGUCAACAUCAGGCAAAAACACAAAGCAAAAUCCUUACCGACGUUUGAAUCUCCCAUAUUCUGUACAUAUUGAAACAAACAAGAAACCAACAACCACACCAUCAUUUCAUUGAACCUCUUUCCCACUCUCAACCACACCGAUGUUGGAAAAACUCACACAAUUUUUCUUUUGUGGAAAAAAUUCGGCCAAUUCUAUUUAUUUUUGUAUGCUUGUGUCGACAAUUCUACGAUCAUAAUGAAAUUCAUCUAUAUUUUCUUCAAAAUUAUUUUUAGUGUAAAUAAGGACCCAUUUUUUGUUUAGGUUUUGAAACAAAAAAAAAGAGCAUAUUUUCGGAUUUAAAUUUAUCUCAUUACGAAUUUUUAUUUUACAAAAAUAAAAUUUGCUUCAUUUAGAGAUUUUCUAAAGGUUUAACUAUUUUGAACGGAAUUCUUCUAUUUUCGUUUUGACCUAGAAAAUCGUUUUUCAAUCAACAAUUUGAACUUAAGUCACACCGCUUUCUUUUGAUUGAACAUCACACUAAUGUACUUGCAGUUGGAAAACAAAUAUUUGCAAUAUUUUUUUAUUUAUGACAAGGAAAAUUAUUCAAUUUUUGUUAUUAGUUUUUUCAAUCUAAAUAUUUAGAAAAAAAUCAAGCAUUCUUCUUUUUACAAAUUCGGGCCAAACUAUCCGAUUAGAACUUUGAUUUUUUUUUCUUUUUUUUUUCCCAUAAAAGUUAUUUUGCUUUCAAAUUUGAUUAUUCAACUUGAACAAAAUACAACAAUUUUUAAUUUUGAACCCUGAUUGCAAUUUUUCGUUCAAAUCAAUCUCAACAAUUGCCUAUUAUAAGUAUUAAAAUGUUUUGCGUUAAAGAGUGAAUUGUUGUUUCCCAGUUCAAAUUAUGUCAAAAAAAAAAAACAAUAAUUAUUUCAAUAUUUUUUUCGUUGAAUGUCACUUUCAAGAAUCUUUUCUGAUUUUCUGUACAAAAAUCAAUGAAUGAAUGAAAUCAAUGAUCAGUUAAUAUUGUUUAAAAAAAAAACUCAAGAAAUGUUAUCUGAAAACAA